CCAGAAAAUCUACUCUCUCUCCCUCUCCCUCCCCCUCUCCCUCUUUCUCUCUCUCUUACCACCAUCGCCAUCUCCUCCAUCCUUCUCUCCAACACCACCCAAAAGCCUUAACCCUAAACGCCAUGAACGGCAGAAUGAGAUCUUCUUCAAGAGCCACCAAGCGGGAGGAGAGGCUCCACCGCUUCCUCAAGCCCGGCGCCCUCGCCCAGAUGAGGGACUCCAGGAUUAGCGCCCGCGUUCGUCAUCUCCGACCACCUAAGAAAUCAGAUCUGACCCCCAACGCUCCAUCCUCCAGGGUUCCCACUCUUGCCCAUCAGAUCUCCCUCGACGAUUUCUUCUGUUGCCCCUCCUCCCGGUUUUCCGGCCCCGGCUGCCUCCAGAGGAAGAAGCUCGUCGCCGUGAAGUCGGGUUUCGUGUGCCCUCCGAGCCCGUCUUCGCCGGUUGCCGUGAUUGCUGACGACUCCAUCUUGGAAUCGUUCAACGGCGACAUGGUUUCUGCCCAUUGACAAGUUUUGUGCUUUUUUUCUUUUUUUUUUUUUUUCAUUUGACGAACAGGAUGCGUGUGGAGAUGUCGAUUCCGGAUGUAAGGAAUAUGUGCAGUACCUGAUGUUAAAUAAAUUAUGAAAUCUUCAGUAAUUUAAAAAAAGAACAACAUUUGGCAAUGGAAAA